GUGUGAGACGUGUCGUGAUUGCCUCGAUCUGAUCGUGAUACCAUCAUCGUACCUUUUUCAUCUAAUUAUGUAGGUACCUAACCUUUUUGCUUUUGCCUUGGCCAUCUCGUACUUUCUAUCACCAUCCCAUACCUUAAGUGCCUAUGAGGUAGUUACAGUACGUUUAGAAAGAACUUAAAUUCACCCGUUUCCUCUCCUCGAAAUUCCAACAUCGUCUUCUCAUCAUCACGACACAUCCUAAAUCACAAACAAGAACAUAAAGUUUCACCUCUGUGCCACACCAUCACUCUGAUCCUAUAAUCUUCAAUCUCUUCGUACUACUUCUCGAUAACAAAAACCUCGUUCAACUAAAGUCACAAUGAAGUGGCCCGUCAGCCUUCUCCCCCUUGGCCUUCUUGCCACUUUCGCCUCCGCCGCCCCGCUUGUAGAGCGACAACUCGACCUCUACGAACUCCAGAUCUCUUGCCCGGCCAACAAGAAAAUCGACGGCCGCUUCCUUGCGCUAAAGAACAACACAUUGGGUGUUUUCGACGGAGACGAUAUCUCCCCUGUCAAGGUCUACACCGUAGAUAGUGAAAAACAGGGCUGCAAUGAGCUACACACGUACCCAGUUGGCAUCGUCGACCAUUCUAUUGGACUCAUGGGUCCGCCUAAUCUGUUGACUCUCGUCGACAUGAUGAACCCGCAAACAGUCAAACCCGAUGAAGGAAACAUUGCCCAGUGGGACACUUUCCAGCUUGCGGACGGCAAGCUUACCAACAAUGUCGAAGGACAAUGGUUAGCAUUCCCGAACGGCCACGAUACUUGGAAGGUCAAAUGGACUGAUGGCUCGGCUUUUAUGACCACCGACUUCAUGAUUGUUGACGUUCUACUUAAGAGCGCCGGCGAAGGUCGUUAUAACGGGGACUAAGUUGGUUGGCCAUGUUGCUAGAUGAGAACCAAGGGAAGAGGAAAAGGAUAAAAAUUCCGUGAUGCAUGCAUAAGACACAAAACAUGUAGAGCACUGCUAUCGGACUCUCCUAAUACUGCAUGACCUAAUUGUUUCAUUAUAGGGGUAAUAAAAGUUCAAGUAUGCCUUUAAUUAUUCUUUCUAGCUGGAAGACUAAUGUGUUUAUCGUAUUUGUUUCUUCGAAUUACUGUAAGAUAGUAUUAUUAGGGUUUCUAUCUUGAAGAUAUUCGGUGCCGCUUUUCAGUCGAAAUAGUCUCAAUAUUAAAACUUCAUCAUCAAUAUUAUAUUAAGUACCUAUCGGGCUCUUGGUAACGUUACUUGUUAAUUGC